CGGGCUAAUUACGACUUAUUCUUGAAGGCGAAAACUCCGAUGAUACGAAGAGGUAGAGUCACGAGAAAACGAUGUAGACGAUAAUUACGACAAUAUUUAACAUCAACGACCAAACUUUUAUACUCAAAUCCAACAAUUAUAUCAACAUUUAACUUUUAAAUUCAUGAAAUAAAUCAUUAAUUAAUUUUUUCAUUAAUUAAAUUCAUUACAACGUCAUCAUUUUGUUAAUAGUUCAAAAAUCGAUCAUACCAGCCAUACCAAUAUUAUCUAGUUCAGUUGAAGUAGGUUCAAUCGGCCGACAUUUCACCCGUGUAGAUUGUAGAGUGUCAGCCUAGUUAUUCUGCUAACUGCAUAAGUUGUUAGUAUAUACUAAACUAAUAUCCAAAAUGUAUGAACUAGUAUCCAAGUAUGCUGAUUUUACUAAAGUAUCUAGAUAACACAGACUAGUAUUCAAAACAUCACAAACUAAUAUCCAGAUAGCAGGUACCAACUAAUAUCCACAAUCAACCAACUAGUAUUCAAUAUGGAUACUCUCAUGUGUUAUUUGGAUAGUAAUUAUGUUCUGUAUGAAUACUAUUCUGUGUUGUCUAGAUAUUAGUUUGUGAAUUUGAGAUAAUAGUUGAUUCAUGAUGGAUAUCAAUUAGUAAAUCUUGAAUACUAUAUGUGUUCUAUAAAUACUUUAGUACUUGGAAUUUGGAUACUAGUUCAUGUAUUUUUUUAUAUCAGUCCGUUAGUAUAUGCUAACAAAUUUUCAAGUUAGCAAAUCAAUACUUGAGUGUAGACUCUAGACUCCCAAAUUUUAUUUUUCUUUUCUUCAUCCAAUUCUUUUACAAGCCGGCCCGCAGUCGAUUCCGCGAUUAACCCUCGCACUUCAUCUCAUCCUUGAGUCAUCGCCGCCGCUGGCUCCUUCUCCUUCUACCGUUACAGCAAUCCCCGCCGUCGCCUCAUCCACAUCCUGUCGUCGCAUUCAUAGCCUCCAUUGCAAGCUGUGGCCGCCGCCUCCUCAAUUUGGUAGGAGCCCCUGAUUUCAGAUUUUUUGUUGUUGUUGUUGGUUUCAGCUGCUCUUUCAUGAAUGAUGUGAGACAGAGAUGGGGCGACAAGUAUAGAUUCCUGGGAAUGGUUCUUGUAUGAAUAGAUUCUAGUACUAUUAACUGUUUUAGUAUGUAGUAGCAGCAGAGAACCUAUUUGUGAUGAAUCGGUUCUAGUACUAGUAACUGAAACCCUGUCAUUCUCAUGCCCUGUGCUUCGAUUGGGCGAGUGGCCUUUCGAUUGGCUUAUGGUAAAGCGAGAGAUCGGGGCUGAAUGGUUGAAAAUGGCCUGCUCGGUGCUGCUUUUUGACACAGAGGCCCUCUGCUGCUGUCAUUUGUUUGGCCUUUGGCCUGCCAAUUUUCCUUCCAUGUCGAUGCAAAUUGGGUUGCUUGGCAUUGUGGGCUUCGUGAAAGCUUUUGCUUUCCUUGUACAUAGUUAAUCAUCUAGGAUUUCCGAUUUGAUAAAAUGGUGUCACUUUUAUCUUCAGCACCGAACUCAGACUUCCAGUGAGCUACCUGUUUUCCUGGUUCCACCAAUUCAAUGCUUGGGGUUGGCAGAUCGCUUUCCGAUGUCAGUCAGCGCCUCCUUCGUAACGUAGCGUUACGAUGUCAACAAGUGCAAUGCCUCCGUGUUGGGAAUGCGGAGAUUCCAAACCACAAGAGGCUGCAGAUUUCUCUUCAGUACAUCCAUGGAGUUGGCCGCAGCAGGGCUCAUCAGAUUCUGGUGGACUUGAGUAUCCAGAACAAGCUUACCAAGGACUUGACCGGUGUCGAACUUAAUGCACUGAAGGAAGAAGUCUCCAAGUACUUGACUGGAGGAGAUCUAAAACGAUGUGUCAGUGGUGAUGUACAAAAGUUGAUAGACAGCGGAUGCUACAGAGGGAUCAGGCAUGUCGAUAUGUUGCCUUGCAGGGGACAACGUACAAAGACCAAUGCACGGACUAGGAAAGAACACACCAAGCAGUUGGGGAAAGUAGCAACCUCCCGCUGAAGUUUGUUUUGGAACACCAGAAAGUAUUCCGGCAAACUCUAGGUUGCACGGAUAGAACAUCAUUGAAAAAUUAGUUAUAAUGCAUACCUUCUUUGCCUUUUGACAUUGCGGUUUUGAUAUCCUCUCUUGGUAAAAUUUGAUGGUGCUCCCUAUACCUGGCUUAGUGAGCCAUUGUCGACUGGUUUAGUUCCAAUAUCAAAUUUUCUCGUUGAAUCGGGUUCAAUCACACCACAUGCAACUGCUAAUCAAAUGCUGGUACAAAAGUUUCUCCGCUGAAACCCAACAGUGGCUUCAACCAUAAGAGAAAUGGAAACAGCACGAGAAAAUACACAUGAAAUACAUUA